CGUUGGCCACACUCGCUGCAUGCUUUUUAAAUUCCCUUCACCGGCCUCCAGACGUCGUUUCCUUUUGCCUGCGGGAUGAUGGACAGCAGGAUACUGGAUCCACCUCACGCCCAGUUCGGAGGCUCUCUCGGCGGGAUGGUGGGCUUCCCGUACCAUCUUAGCCACCAUCACGUUUACGAAUUAGCAGGGCAUCAACUUCAAUCUGCGUCUGCAGUUCCUUUCUCAAUAGACGGAUUACUAAAUGGUUCGUGCGCGGCUUCAGUGGGUAGUUCCAACCCCCUCUUGUCUUCGGGCUGCGGGAUGAAUGGAGAUAAUCAGCAGUACAAGCUGACAGACUCGGGGGACCCAGACAAAGAUAGUCCUGGCUGCAAGAGAAGAAGAACUCGCACUAAUUUCACUGGUUGGCAGCUGGAGGAAUUAGAAAAGGCUUUUAAUGAAAGUCACUAUCCAGACGUGUUCAUGAGGGAAGCACUUGCUCUUCGAUUGGACCUGAUAGAAUCAAGGGUUCAGGUCUGGUUUCAAAAUCGCAGAGCUAAGUGGAGGAAAAAAGAGAACACAAAGAAAGGUCCAGGUCGACCUGCUCACAACGCCCACCCCACCACCUGCAGCGGGGAGCCCAUGGACCCGGAGGAGAUCGCCCGGCGAGAGCUUGACAGGCUGGAGAAGAAGAAACGAAAACAGGAGCGCCGGCUGCUCAAGUCCCAGAACAAGCUUAUGGCUGGGGAUUUAUUUCACACCCCGGGAUCAGAUAGCGACAGCGGGGUGUCACAUGUGACCGACAGUGACCACAACACUGGCUCAUUUUUUGACUCUUUGGGAGGGCAACAGUCGAGCUACGACCAAUCACCUCACCCUCCCCAGACCCCAAACCAGAACCAAAGACACUUAGACAAAGAUGCUGGUGGAUCCGAGCUGGACUCGACCGACCCCAGCCACCCGUCAAACCUGUGCUCAAACAACAACAGAGCCUCCAACCUGCAGAAACUCAACCCUUUUAGCGUCGAAAGCCUCCUUUCGGACUCCAGACCGAGACGCAGCCCCGCGGCCUUACCCUCCUCACGGCCUUUGAUAGGGAAGGGACACUUCCUUCUCUAUCCCAUCACGCAGCCGCUUGGAUUCAUUGUUCCUCAAACUGCUCUGAAGACAACGACGGCAGUGAGCUGUGACAGUGACACCCCAUCGGACAGAAACCAGCCCAACGUCCGCUGCAGCGUCUCGGCGAGCUCUUCGGGAUGUAGGAGCAGCUCGCCGGACUCUGCAGGCGCCACACAGAAAGGACAAUUGGGAUCAGAGAAAAGGACAAGUUCACCGCACACGAGCCCGCCCGGGGCCGCCUUUUCUACGGGCAAACAGACGUCUGUGAUUUGCAACGACUCGAGUUGUGCUCACGAACACAGUCCACAACUCAGCACGCCUGUCGAUAUAGACAAAAAAGAUCAUUUAGCGAACAAAGACCACCCUGACAACCCCGAGUCUGCCCUCAGUGACUGUCCCGCACAAACAAACUCUAAAGAAGAUGUCGACAUGGAAGAAAUCAGUGGGGGUAAACAAAGCUGAAAAAAUACUGACAUAGCCUCUAAACGUCACCUUUUUAUUAGGCCAAAGCUUAACCAGAAAUUACAUCUUUGAAUUUAAACUCUAGGUUUUCCCCCGAACUCUGCUGACAUUUUUUGAUAAUGUGCUCUCCUUUCUCCUUUCUCUGCGAGUGUGUAUGUGUGUGUGUGAGAGAGUCAGGAGUCUCUAGAUAUCCUUUAAUGUGUGAUAACCUGUUAAAAAAACACACGACCGAUAAAAAUCCUCAAGAGCUGUAAGAAAGGUAUUAUACUAUUUAUAUAUGUAAGGUUUUUCUUAAAUAAAUCUAUUGUAUA